AGGGUUGAAUUGACUCAGCACGUAUAUGCCCGUUAAGGGUGGGACUUGUAAUUACCAUCACUACGUGACUAGCUAGGACCCCCUUUUUCCUUUGUUCUUACUUCUCAGUGGACCUUGUGGUCUACAUCCAUGUCUUCAGAAUAUCCCUCUCACCUUCAUGUCUCUUUCGCGCCAAAUGCAACAUCGUUCAAGCGGACGUUUGAACAGUUUGGCUACGAUUCGGGCUCUCCAAUGACCAGCGCUCUCCAAGCCAGCGGGAGUGGCACAACAAACCAUAAUGUUCCGACAGGCUCCAGUGGCGGCAAUGAAAGAAACAAGAGGGCAAGGAGUACGAGCAGCUCCUCUGCCAGCAAUCAUUCUGCAGACUCCUCCAGGUCCUCCGAAUACAAUUCCGCGCGAUCGAGCGCCUCGCUGAGCGAGGGCUCUACUACCAACGACCAUAACCUUUCUCUUGACCAGAACAGGAGAUCAUCAGCUUAUCCAUCUCCUGCCGUUGCUUCUACUCCAGGUACUUUAGUCUCAACGCCUGUGCUACCGAGCACCGUGACCGAACCUCAGGAUGAGGACAUGUCAGAUAGCUCUGUUUUUUCCUUGGACAUCCCACGUCCCGCACCUCCGCCAGAAGUAGUACCAUCUACUGCACAUGACGCUCUUAGAAGCUCCUUAGAACGAUUCAGCGAAUUUGAUAGUCACAUUGCAGUCCUCCGGCGUUCACACUCACGUACUCCGUCUUGGCACCCUACCGCAUCUCCCGCUCUGUCCCCACGCGAAUCUUCAAAUGAUGCCACCGAAGCAUUUGACAGUUGGGACUGGACUCAUUUUGGAGCUUCACCAGGCUCAUCACACACAUCUGGGGAGGAUCGCCGUGGUCAAUAUUUCACCGAUACAACUACUUCCAUUGGGUCUGGGAGUACACACACUGCGGCUCCCAGACAGGCUGACUCGUUAUCUUUCCAAGCAUCAGAUGGCUUAUCAUGUCCUGGCUAUACUACCUCAUCAAGUAAUACCUCCAAUUCUACUCCUUCACACCGCCCAUCUCCGUCAAUCUCUUCAUCAACGAGGACGAACGCAUCUAUCCGAGGAUCCGACGAAUUUCUCAACGGAUCCCUUGCCGCCGUACCGUCAGUCCUGCAAAAUGAAAGAAACAACACUGAUGCCUUAAAUGGACCCGACGGCAGGCAAGCUGUCCAUCGUGGGUCAAGUUAUGGGUCAUCAAAUUUGUCAUGGGCUGCUCUUGCCUCCUCCCGUCCUUCACCGGCCGCUGCAUCAUCGUCCGAUGUAGUCGGCAGGCAAGGUGUCCAUCGUGUAUCAAGCUCUGGCUCAUCCAAUCUGACAUGGGCUACUCUUGCCCCCCCACGUUCUUCAUCACCAGUUAGGCCGUCGCCAGACGUAGUCACACGUCCAGGAUUACUUGACAGCAUAUUUGAGCCACCAAUUUCAGAGCUGGCUGCUAGGCCGCAGGCCGCAAGACGUACUACCCAUUCAGAUGCCAGCUGGAGAUCUACGAGCUCUGCGCACACGUCAGCAGGCACUUCUACGUCAUCCUCUGUGCUUGGAGACUCCACUUCUCACAUCUAUGGUGCUGAAGAGGAGAGACAACGGGAUACGUCAAAUACAAUCCAGCACCACAACUCAUCACCUUCUCGCUCGACUGACGGAUACCAAGAGGUUGCUGCGCGUGCUAGACCAGUUAUCGAACCCUCGCGUGGCUCAGUUCGCCCACUCUCGGAGGUUCUCUCUUCGUUUUCCAGAGAACAGGCAGUUGAAGAUUCCGACGAAGCAGAGUUGUCAUUUGACCGUUACUUAGCUGAUCUUGGCGGAGAGGACCCCAUCGAUCACGAGCGACGGCGCAGGGUGACGGUCCACAACCGUUACGAUAUUGCCGCCGAAAAUGAUGAAGACGACGACGACGCUUCUCAUCCGGAUAGUGUCCAUGAGAUCAUUCAAGGUCUUCAUAAUGCCCGCGGGUUACUCGAGCGUGGUGUAGAAACUGCUCGUUCAUUGUCUGGGUCGCCUUCCCGACACGAGCUGCCAAAUCCUCCGCAACUCGUUGGUGUCAGAAAGUGCUGCGGAGCAUCGACGUACCAACGCCAGGGCGCAUCUUCGCACCCAAUUGUCUGAUUCACGUCACAACUCUGACGAGGCUCCUCGAGACAGUGCAGACAUAUCAACUGCUGCUGCUCGUUUGAGGCGUCUUAUAGCUGGUGAAGCGGACUCCUCGAACACAUCUUCUUUGUCGUCUGCUCGAACGAGCGAUCUUCCU